AUGGAGAGUGAUCAUCCACUCUUUGUACAGUUCUGUGCGAAUGAUGUGGAUACGUUAUUAGCGGCGGCCCGAUAUGUAGAGAAUGAGUGUGAGGCGGUGGAUGUAAAUUUUGGUUGUCCGCAGGGAAUUGCCCGGCGUGGACAUUACGGUUCUUUUCUCAUGGAAGACUGGGAAUUAAUUCAUUGCAUGCUGCAUUGUUUGGCCGUCGAGUUGCGUGUACCCGUUACGGCAAAGAUGCGAGUAUUUAAUGAUUUGGCAUUAACAUUAAAAUAUGCAGAAAUGUUGCGGGAUUGUGGAAUUUCUGUUCUCUGUGUACAUGGCCGUACGAGAAGUAUGAAGGGACAAGAAACGGGAUUAGCAAAUAUGGAAUUUAUUCAAUCUAUAUAUAAACAUCUACAGGGAAGUAUUCCUGUGAUUGCGAAUGGGAAUGUGUUAACAUCUAAAGAUAUCUGCCGGCAUCUGCAGACUACGGGAUGUGAAGGGCAUAUGUGUGCAGAGCCACUCUUAUGGGAUCCACGUCUAUUUGCAUCUAUACAAGAAGAAAUAGAUAAAGAA